GGCUUCUUUUUAGCAAAAAAAUACCUACACCUACCAUCAGUUUUUCGAGGGCUCUGAGUUCUGAGAAAAAGAGCUGUCAGCUGAGGACAUCAUAGAGAGCGAAUGUCGUUUUGAAGCGUUGCGGUUUCAUCUAUCUUCGUCGACAGUAUAGUGCGGAUUUUUUCGUCUUCGUCGCCCGUAUCUUCGUGAUUCCAGACGCUCUGGAAACAAGAUGUUUUAUACUGUGGAUCUAUUGUCUCUGCGAAAAAACAAAAAGGGUCGACUGCCACGAUGUUGGAUAGCAGCAACAGUGAUGAAAAAUUACCGCAAAAUGUCCAAAGAAGAGAUAAUCAGUGUGCAAGUUGAUUGUGCAUGUGAAGAUAUCAUAGAAGGUGUGACAGGACAUGAGGGUGUAAUACGGUUGAGCCUAUACCUGGCAGCCCAACUAUCUUAUGGGGCUAUAACAAUUUUUCGAGAUCAAGUGAACUACUUAUUUGAGGAAUGUUUGAAGUUGUUAAGCUUGCCAAGCCUUCCAAAGAAGAAAAAAAGCAAAAAAACCAAAGCUGUUGAUGAAACAAAAGAUAAGGAAGUUGAAAACUCAGCUAUUAAUCUACCUAAAGAUGAAUCUCCGCACAUUUUGUAUAAUGAAUUAUCAGGAGUGGACAUCGAAAAAACAUUUGAAGGGUUUGAUCAAACAGACCGACACCAACUCAUGGAAGUAGAUGAAUCUGAGGUAAUAGAUGAGCCAUUGAGAUUACCAUCUUUGGGUACAAUUAUCCACUUCUCAAGCAUUCCACAUGAAACAGAUAUAGGAGAGUUUAUUAAGAAUUUUCCAACAGUGCAGCAGUCACAGACUGCAGAAGGUGAUAUGGACCAAAGAGCUCCUACUGAAUCUGUAGUCGAAGAUAAUGAUCCUCCAGCCACGCCAAAAAGGACAUCUCAGGAAGCAGCCGAUAAUAUAAAACUAAGAACUCCUGCCGCAUCUGUAGUCGAAGAUGACGAUACUCCAGCCACGCCAAAAAGAAAAUCUUAUCAGCAACAUGAUGAAACUCCAAAAAAAAGAAAACGAAUUUCAACAACAGAGACAGUAAGGAGUCCCUCACAUCGUUCUGUGCGCCGGUCACUCGUAAACAUGAUAGAAACUGAGUCUAUUCAAGCAAAUACAGCUCAAACAGGCAAUUUAGAUCUACCUAUGGAUGAGAGCUCUCAAGAAGUACAAAUGCCUGAAAACGACCAGAGAUUCUCACCCCCGACAGAGAGCACGGGAACUCAACAAAUGGCAAACAGAGAAAAUAUGGGUGGAGUUCUGGUAAACCCAAUUAUUGAAAUAUCAGAAGUUUCGACGAUUGUAGCUGACGAGACUACGAACUUUGUUGAACCAAGCGGUCUUCUGAGACCCGAACAGCCGAUAAUCAGAGCUGCAUCUAGUGCCCCUGAGAAUCAAGUGCAAGAUAAUGAACAAGUAACAGACAGACCGCAAAUUCAACAACCAACCAUAGAUCAAGAGUCUGAAUUUAUUUUACCAGAACUUAACAGUACUUCAGCAACUCCAUCAGCAUCCAGAAGAAGACGAAAGAUAGUUCGGGACGAAAACAAACAAAUUAAAAUUAGAUACGUAUCUGACUCCAAUGCAUUGGAUAACAUUUAUACAAGGACGAAAGAAUCUUCCCGACCCGAUACUUGUGGCAAAAUACCAGCGAAUUCAUUAUUGUUACUGCCAUCAGUUGGACUGAAAAUUGGAUCGCGAGGGAAUAGAGCCUCCUGUUCUUGGUUGGCAACAAUUCUUGAACUUUUUCUUAAUAACAUAGAAAAACCUUGUACCAAUGAACUUGAUUUCGAGCAACUACCUCACAGAGAUAAUUUUAUCAAUAAAAGGCCACGAGGUUCUGGAAUUCAGGGCAUGGAAAGUACUGUCGAACCGAGAUCGAAAACACCGGUACUUGGCCCAUGUAGUCCGUCGCACUCGCAGAGGCAAAUCGAUCAGCAACUUAUGCCACCUCCAUUGGCGCCUGCCUCAUUAGUACACAGCCAUGAAUAUUCUUCACCCCGACCACCAAGGGGAUUUCCUGAGUCGAUGGAACCAACAUUGGCAGUAUCACCAAGACAGGUUAGGCAACGCAGCCAGCCAUCGGCUAUCGAACCCGACGUGCCGCAGACAAAUGCGGCACUGCCCACGGAUGAGUCGGUGAUACCUCCCGAAGCGGACCAAGCCGGUGUCGAAGCUGAAGCACCAUAUGGUGACAUGCCGAUGCCAAUAAAUGAGCCAGUCGUAGAGCCUCCUGAAGCCGGCGUGGUUGAAGUACAAACUAAACCACCAAAUACAGUUGCAGCAAUGUCAGAAGAAAGUUUUCUUGCUGGUGUUCGUUGGCAGCGGCUAACCAAAUCAGCGCAAAAUGAAACAGAGGAUACUCUUUUGCAAUCUACGCCUGAAUUAUUUAUAACACCGGAUGAAUUCCAUGAGCUUUUGCGAAAAUUGUGGGAAGUUAUGAUGGAGUUUGGGGAACCACCUAGGCUGUCUUUUGAUGAUGUAUUCAUUAAAGGAGAAAUUUCAGUACUUGAAGUUUUAAGAUAUUUUAAAUAUUUGUUCGAAUUUGAGCAGAAGCAGAUACUGCGUAUUGAAGAAGUAUCUCUUUUCGAGAACUACAUUUGUAAAUUAGAAGAAAUAGAAGUAGACGAGAAUUGAUACCUCAACCAUUGUUAUGUAUGCAUAAUUAAUUAAUUUUAGCGUCCAUUUUAUUUAAUUUUUGAUCAAUUUGUGUGCUUUUUAUGCAAAUUAAUUUUUCGAACUAAUUUUUUUAAUUUUUACAAGGUCUACAUUUUAUUUAUUUAAUAUUUAGCGGCUAUAUUAUUUUAUUGUUGAUCAAUGAAUUUGCGAUUUUAUGCAAAUUCACUUUUUAAACUAAUUUUUUAUACGGUUACAAAAAUUAAUAUUUUAUUGAUGUAAUAUUUUACAUCCAUUUAUGAAUGAAAUUAAAAAACGAUCAAUUUUUUAAAAUAUAAAAGUGUACAUACAUGCAACGUAGUGUAUAUAAUGAUGAAAUUUUGCAUGUUUUACUUAAUUGCACAUGAAUAAAAACAAAACCAAAAAGCGAGAACAAGUACAAGUUGCAGAUGCGAUAUUGUAAGCGUAUAUGAAAGAUUCUUGUGAUAUUAAAUUACAUCGUAUGUAUGAUUUCUCGAUGUUGUCGAUUGUUCGUGUAAAAUCUUGUGAUGUCAUAGGUUUAGAAUUACAGUUUUUAUUUACAUAUAAUGCACUAUGCUAUGUGUUAUAAAUCAUUGAAAGCAUAUUUUAAUCACUUCAUGAAAUGAACUCUACGUUCUGUUUUGUUUUUAAAUUGAUAAAUUUUGUUUUUAUGCAUUUGUAUGCAAUAGAUAUCGUAUAUUUGGUUAAUCCAUUGUAAUAAGAUCGUCAAAUAAUUGUAAUAAAAAUAGUGUAUGAUUAAUAUUUGAUAAUUAC